GCGCAGUGCACAGUCGACCGUCAAUCUUUCCGUACGCGGGAGGGUGCGAGUGGGCACCGUUGGUCUCGGACUCUUUUUAUCAGUGUUCUGUUUUCCGUGAUUUCCGUUGUUAGUUUCGCGUUUUUGAUUCAUCGUUGUUUCUCAUAUAUUUUCUUCUUCUUUCCCUUUCUCUCGUUCAGUCGAGAGAGGACGAUCAACGAUUUUCGCAGACUCCAUUCUUGGGGAGAGAUCCCGGACCGUCGUACACAGAUUUUAUUUUUCUCGUCCGUUCCGCGAUGAACGGAGACGCGAGGAACGAGCAACCAAGCCCCGACAAUGCCGACGCUUCCUCGCUCAGCGCUGACAUCCUCAACCCCUUCGUACAUCGGCUCGAACUCGACUCGACCUACGACAAGCUCAAGACGAUAUUCCUAACAAUUGCCCUCCUGCCGGUCAGACUAGCUGCCAUUACGACUCUGAUGAUUCUGGCGUGGCUGUUAGCUUGCUUGGGUCUGCACGGUUUGACCGAGGAGGAUCUUCGGAGGGCUCCUCUCAAGGGUUGGAGACGAGACAUGCGCGUCGUGAUCUGCUGGAUGAUGCGGGCGUUAUUUCUCUGCGGUGGAUUUCAUCAUCUGAAGGUCAAGGGCCGGAAGGCAGAGACUAAGGAUGCACCGGUGCUGGCCCUCGCUCCGCAUUCCAGCUUCUUCGAUGCACUUCCGGUCGUAUACCUCGGCGGACCAAGCAUCGUUGCCAAAGGGGAGAGUAGCCGCCUCCCUUUCUUUGGAAAGCUCAUCAACUAUACGCAGCCGGUCUACGUAUGGAGGGAAGAUCCGAAUUCCCGUCAGAAUACCAUUAAAGAGAUCAUCGAAAGGACCACUUCGAAAGAAGAUUGGCCACAGGUUAUGAUAUUUCCUGAGGGAACUUGCACAAACCGGUCGUGUUUAAUUACAUUCAAAUCGGGCGCUUUUUAUCCCGGCGUACCGGUGCAGCCUGUAUGCAUCAGAUACCCAAACAAAUUGGAUACGGUUACAUGGACGUGGGAAGGUCCGGGCGCAUUGAAAUUGCUGUGGUUAACAUUGACGCAGUUAAACAGUAGCUGCGAGAUCGAGUUCCUACCUGUUUACAAACCGAGCGAGGCGGAGAAAUUGGAUCCCAAGUUGUAUGCGAACAAUGUACGUCGUCUCAUGGCAGACGCGUUGAAAAUCCCCGUUUCGGAUUACACGUACGACGACUGUCGAAUUAUUAGAAAGGCGCAUCAGUUGCAUCUUCCGCACGCGUCCAGUAUCGUGAAGACGCACAAACUCCGCUACAAAUUGGGUUUAGUGGAGUCGAAGACGGAGGAAGAACUUGUGCAGAAGAAGACGAGCAACUUCGGCGAAGUGAAUCUGCAGGAAUUCGCGCAGAUCCUUAGAUUAGAUGAAAAAGAUCCAACUACGCAGCAACUGUUUCGUAUUCACGAUAAGCUCGGACUAGGAAAGAUCGAUCUUGAAGAGUAUAUCUUCACCGUGUUGGCGACGGCAAAUGCGUCUUCGGAACUUGACAAGGUCGAGAUUGCGUUUGAUGUGUGCGGCUCGAAGACGACGACGAGUCUGACUCAAUCGGAGCUCAGGAAAGCCUUGAGAUUGUCACUACACAUACAGCCGGAGGAAUCUGACAGGAUCUUCCAGCAGGCUAAAACCGACAAGAACGACAAAACAGUGAACUUUGACGAUGUUCUGACGCAACUAUCGAAUCGAGCGGAAUACGCGCACUUGUUCGCUGCGAAUAACGAGGGUUCGAAGAAGGCUAUUUGAAAUUGUCUGUUAGAGCCCGAGAUUCCUUCCGUGGAACUUCGAGGCAGGCCUUUUCACAGUCCCGUCUGCUCCAAUCCCGUAUGAGAGGCACGUCAUAUUCCAAGAUGUCCUGAGGAUCUUAAAAGCGAAUACACUAUUUUGUCGUCCACGGCGAAGUUGCGGUCGCACGUUCGCGACGAUUUUAGACUGCUAGCUCGCGUCUUUCCUAUAAUCCUACUAAAUUUAGAGAAAGGAACUUAGAGCGAGAGAGAUAGAGGAAACUUAGAAUUUUAAAAACUCAAGGAUUCUAAAUAGUUUAGAUUUGAUAAAUUCGAGAAUGUUUAGUUAUACAUAUAUAUGCUCGAAGAAUACAGAGGAUAUAAAAAUUCGAGGACACGCGCGACGUAAGUUUCUGUAAGAAAUCGACGAUGUAUCGACGAGAGUUUUGACGUCUCGGGAGAUUUCACUUUCUUAGAAAGUUCGGAAAUGUGAAAGCCCAAGGAUCCGAGGGAAAACCAUUUUUAUCCUUUACAUUCGGAAAAAAUUCGACAGUUCCUGGUGGCUGGUACUUCCGAUUUGAAAAGAUCUACGGACGUUAAAACCUCGAACAAGGGAAAACAAAGUUUUAUGGUUUCUGUUUUUGCUGUAUAGCACACACGCGUUAGUUAAAUAAUCCGCGAUCGCAAAGCUUCUUUCUCUAGCUCGAAAGCGAGUAAAUACACGGUAUAUAGGUCUCGGACAUGCAUUUAGAUGAAAAAAAGGAAGAGAACGAAAGAGAAAGAGAGAAAUGGGCUAGUAAGGUGUGUAACUAAUUUAUUUUUUCAGUUCAAUGGUUCAGGCCGUUGUAUUCGCUACACAUGUACAGAGUAGUGCACGUACGCAAAUAUACACGUAUAAACUUAAAUUGUGUACAUAUUUGUUGUACACAAUAGUAUGAAACGACACAUAACGUAGACACGGUCAUGAAGAAAAAUAUGGCGAGAUUGCGCGCCAUAUCGAUCGUGUCUACUGUCUGUGAGCGCAAGUGCACUCAUGUGUGUAGGUAUGCUUGUAUGUAAGUGAUGUAUGUAUGUACGUUAAUGUAUGUAUGUAUGAUGUACAUAGAGAGAGAGGAUAUACAAGGGCGCGGAGAAUUAAGAAAAAGUGCCCGCUUUGUAAUAUCUGUACAUGAACGAAAUGGCUGAAGUUUAAUAACGCAUUGUUAGUGGUCAUUCUGAGUUAAAAACAAAAAAAAACCCGGAUAUAUUAAGUUAUAUCUUCUAGUUAAAAUAAUGUUACAAAUAACAGUAUUUAUUGAACUGAAAAAACUGCGAAUUUUUUUAUGCGUCUACUCUCUUGUAAUUUUUAUGUUCACCCAAACUGAUAUAAUUUAGCGCCAAAGAGAACUAUACAUAUAAAUAACAUAUAUACAUAACAUUUUAUAUUUAUUUAAAAUUAUUUUACAAGAAACAUUUUUUUUUUCUCAUCUACACUAGAAUUGGCAGUUUGUUAGAUUAACUAACGAUAAGGUAACGCAGUUAUUUUAACUAACCCAGACAGCGCGGAAAGGCCAAAAGACAUUUUUAAAGAUGUCUAAACGACAAUAAGACGUCUUUAAGUUGUUUUUUAGUCAUCUUAGAAAUAUGUGCUGUCCUCUAGGAAGUGUGUACACUGAAAGCAUAUUGAUCGAAUAGACGUACGUAUGAUAAAACAGAAAUUAGUUUUAUUAAGUAAUAGUAAUCAUAACUAAAAUAUAUAACAAAUUAAAAUAAAAGAAAAUAAUAAAUACUGCAUUAGGUGUUUGCAAAUUGAAGACGUGCUAUUUUACUUUGAAAAUUCAUGUGACUGAUCAAUGCAAUCGGUCACUUUAGCUGUAAUUUGCGUUCGAUUUUAUCCGACUCCUACAAUUUGUAAAACCAAAUGCAAUCAUACACGCGAGAAACGAGCAUGAAGUAUGGGAGGAGGCGUUUAAGGAUAAUAAGUUAAAUUAUUUGGGUUUUUAAAAAUUCCGCCAACUCCUGAACAACAUGUUAAUGAUUCCCGAUUUUCAUUUUGGUUAAAGUAAAAUAAAAAGCGAGAGCAACAUUUAUA